CUUACGUUCAUUCCGGUUCAAAUUCCUGCCGACUCGCAAAAAAAGCAGAUGACGGUGUUGAGUCCUAUGCAGCCCACAAGCAGCAAUACACAUAUUAAUGUGGCACAGUUAUCUAUACACGUUAUUCUAGGAAAUCUUCAUUUCCAACAAGAUCCAAAUGAUCCACAGAAGUGGAUUAUCACGAAUGAUUCUGCUGCAGCAACACCAUCCAGUCAGCCUACAGGUCAUUCACACAAUCAGUCAACAAGAAUGAUUGGCGGAUCCGAGUCGCCUAACAUGAUGGCUGGUGAAUACGAAAUGGGAAUGGAUGAUGUAAUACUUUCAGCCCAAGUGCCAAAGCGUUGUGCGUGCACAUGUCCAAACUGUCAGAAUUCUAAUGCACCAAGAACAGGUGAUGGUAAACAGCGACUCCAUAUUUGUCAUAUUUGUCAGAAAACAUACGGAAAGACGUCACAUUUGAGGGCACAUCUCCGUGGACAUGCAGGCAACAAGCCAUUCGCUUGUGAUUGGCAGCAUUGCACCAAACGUUUCACAAGAAGUGACGAACUACAACGGCACCGUCGUACUCAUACUGGUGAAAAGCGAUUUGCUUGUGGUCAUUGUGGCAAGAAGUUUAUGCGUUCUGACCAUCUAACCAAGCACGAACGGACCCACACCAGCAACCGUAUGUCGAUGACCCAACCAUUGCGAAUGAAUCACAACUGA